UUGACAUUAAUCCACCUUCCACGCCCACCUGGCGCUGUAACACACCUGCGGGCAGUCGGAUCCCAGUGUGGUGGUAACCCUCUGCUGAAACAGGGCCUUUUGCUGGGUGGAGGCAGCACGCUGCAGCCAGGACCUGUGACAUUACUCUCAGCUCCACAGUGGGACGAGAUCACCUGAAUACAGCCUGCAAGGGAGAGGAACAGAGUGAGACUUCACCAAGCACACAGGGAAGAAACUGUGCCUCUGCAGCAGCAACAGAGUCCGACUUGGGACUUUGGAGAAACUUUUAUCUCUUGAGUCAAGGGGAUCGCAGCUGUGUGUUGCCAGAGAUUGUGGUUAAAAGCCUCCUUUGUAAGACUUUGGACCUGUUUAACAAAGAGACAGAACAAUGGAUAAGGAUGCUCUACUGGACUAUGAGUACCCAGAUCUGGAUCCUUUGCCAACCAAAAUUGAAGCAGAAAUAAUCCCUCCAUGUGACCCCACUGCUGAUGACAGGCUCUACCACAUAUGCAUCACCGCCAUAUCGCUCGUUGUUAUGCUGAUCCUAGCAAUCUUAGCCAGACGCAUGAAGGUGGGUGAUAGACAGAAAGGACUCCCAGGUUUACUCAGUCCGGUCAACUUCCUGGACCAUACGCAGCACAAAGGCCUGGCAGUGGCUGUGUUCGGAGUGCUCUUGUGCAAACUGUGGGGCCUGAUCAUGUCGCCAAACCCUCUCCCCUUCACAACAGACGUCGAGAAUAAACAGAACUGGGUGAUUCUGGGUGUCUUCUACUAUCCCGCAUUAUACUACCCUCUCCUGGCAUGUGGUACUUUACAUAACAAAGUUGGCUAUGUACUCGGUAGCCUCUUGUCGUGGACGCACUUUGGUGUUCUGGUCUGGCAGAAAAUCGACUGUCCCAAAACACCUUUGAUACACAAAUACUACUCCCUUUUCUCCAGCCUGCCCCAGAUAGCUUGCUUGGCAUUCCUCAGUUUCCAGUACCCGCUUCUUCUAUUCAAGGGCUUAAAGGGCACUGAAAAGCACAAUGCCACAGAGGAUCUCAGCAGCAGCUACUAUAAAGACUAUGUGAAGAAAAUGCUCAAGGAGAAGAAGACUGCCAAAAUCAGCACAUCGAGCACAGAGACACCAAAGCUCCCUCAAAGAAUCAUUGACGCUGUGAAGUCUUACAUCUAUACACCAGAGGAAGCUUUCCGCUUUCCACCAAAGUUGGCUAUAUCUGCUGUGGUGUCAGUUAUUACCCUGUAUCAGGUGGGUCUCCUCCUGAUCUCAGCAGUGGUGCCAACUCUCCAGACUGCUCGUUCAGGAGUCGAUGAAGACGUCGCUAACCUUUUGGCCGGCUUCAAGAUAAUGCUGUCUCCAGACAAAAGUGAGGUGGUCAGAAUAGUGGUUCACUACAUGUGGUGUGUAGAGGUGUGCUAUAUAUCAGCAAUGACUCUUUCCGGUUUGGUCAACCUGGCCAUGCUCAUGCGCUCCAUGGUUCUGCAUCGGUCAAACCUGAAGGGGCUGUACAGAGGAGAUAUCUAUAAUGUUUAUAACUGCCAGAGAAGCAUCAGGGCUUCACGGCCAGCGCUGGUCUGCUGGAUGGGAUACACCAGCUUCACGGCAGCUCACAUCUGCUUUGCCAUGUUGAUCCAGACCAUGGUGUUCUUCCUCUGCCUUCUGAUCGCCGUCUUCCUCAUCAUGAUGCCUGUGCUGCACGGGCAGAAUCUGAUUCUCUUCCAGAUCCUGUGGAGCAUGUGGCCCUUCUGGCUGAUGAUUCUCUUGGCUGUGUUGAUUCAACACAUAAGCGGCAGGUUUUGCUUCAUCAAAAAAGCAGCAGGCACCCGAGACCUCGACAACAGGGGUAAUCUGUUCCUGCUGACAUACCUGCUGUUCCCAGUCAAUGUUCUGAUCGGGGUGCUGCUGGCAGUGUGGCGCAUUAUCAUCACAGCCCUGUUCAACAUUGUCCAUAUGGGACGCAUGGAUAUCAGUCUUCUUAACCGCAACGUGGAAGCAUUUGACCCAGCCUACCGCUGCUAUGCUCAUUAUCUGAAGAUUGAGGUGAGCCAGUCGCACCCUGUGAUGAAGGCCUUCUGCGGGAUGCUGCUGCAGUCCGUGGGCCAGGAGAGCAACGCCACACAGAGGUCACGGGAUGCUGAAGAGGGGAUCCAGCUGGUCCAUCAAGAGAAAAAACAGCACAAAGUGUCCAGCGCAAAGAAGGCCCGCAGGCACUGGCAGCUCCUCUACACCCUGGUCAACAACCCCUCCCUAGUGGGCACCAGGAAGCACUUCCAGCGUCAGACCGCAGAGAGCUUUCUGAAUGGAAGCCUCAACCGCAGCGCCAAGGAGGGGAGCAAAAAGGAGGAAAAGGAGGCAGAUGCUGCUGCCAGCAACUGAACAUGACCCUGAUUAAGGAUUGGCUGCAACAUCUCUUUUGGUUUUGGGCAAAUUCAGUAUUAUUCGUCCCCACCUACAAAAAAUAAGUGCACUUACAGCUCAGAGCCGCAUGUAUUCACCAAGCAUUUCCUGUCUGGAGACUGCACAUCCACUUUAUGCUCUUCAUGGUCCCCUGGUUGUUUCUAUGUGAGGACCACAGUCUCCAGUCUGAUGGGAAAGCUUGUGUGGCACUAAUCUUGCAUCUGAACAUGCUCUUUAUAUCUCAGUUUCAAGUAUUUAUGUGCUUAUUUUGGGAUCAUUUGCUUAAUCUGUAGAUUGAUUCCAUUUGUUCUCCAAUAUCACAUAGUGCAGAUAAUGCAAAUUUAUUGUUGCCCAAACUAAACACAUGCAUUCCUCUGAAGCAUCCUUUGAAAGAGGGUAGAGCAUUUCACUAUUUAUGAAUUUUCUGAGCUGUUUGCAAAUACAAGGACAUUUAUUUUGUGUAAUUAUAAUAACCUGUGGAAUAGGAACUAUCAGAAAAAUUUAACUGUUUAUAUUUAAUGUUUUACUUGUAGAUCUAUUAAGUCCAAAACCACUUGCUGCUACCAGCGUUUUCUUAUUAUUGUCUUUUCUGGCAUUCACAUUUCAAAGGCCGACUUUUACGUAAAAAUAUGAAC